UCUUCUUCUUCUUCGUCUUUCCUCGUCCAACUAUAUGUUAUUAAUAAUUGACCAUGCAUGCCUAUCUCAACCCACCGGUCCAAGUCAAACCUCUAUUUAUCUCCUAUUCCCUAUAUAUAUAUAUAUAUAUCAUUUGCUUCUCGCAAACAACCUCACAAAUAAUCAAGUAACAAUCUCUUUUGAAGAAGUUAUGAAUAAAAUCCGCCUCCGCGCUCUUUCUCCGCCUUCUGGAUUGAAACGCCGUGCCAAGCAAUGUAGAGUAAGAGGGAGAAACAACGCAAAGCUGGAACUUGAACAAAGCAACUUCUCUAAAGACGAAGACGAUCUCAUCCUCAAGCUUCAUGCACUUCUUGGCAAUAGAUGGUCACUGAUAGCGGGAAGAUUGCCUGGACGAACCGACAACGAAAUAAGGAUCCGUUGGGAAACUUACUUAAAGAGGAAACUCGAGAAAAUGGGAAUCGACCCAACCAAUCAUCGUCUUUACCAUCACACCAACUACAUUUCCAGGCGAUACCUUAAUUCUUUGCAUAAGGAACAUGAACCCAAUACUACUAGUGACCAAUCUUCUUCGGUAUCCGAAUCAUGUGAUGGUAUGACGACAAUAUUACCCGUUUCAAGUACCAAUUCCUCUGAGUAUAGUACUAGUGCCGGACAUAGCCGUUUGCCUGACCUCAACAUCGGUCCCAUCCCAAUGAAGACCACGACUUCUUUGCCAGUUUGUUGCCUUCAAGACUCUAGCGAACCCUCUAACUAUGGCUCUACAAGUCAAGAAACGCUUCUUCUUUUCAGGUGAGAAAAUGGUGCAUUAAUUGUGAGAUUGCAGAAGACUCUUUGUCAACUACUUGCUCAACCCCAAAUUGCUCGGACGCUUCGGCGAAAUCGGAUGUGUGGUGGUGCUGCAUCAGAAAACAAAAAUGGUGUAUUUGUUUGUACACAUCUGGCUAUAUAAUCCCUUUAUAUUACAAAGGCAUCAUAUGAAAAAAAAUAUUCACUAGAGAGAUAAUAAAUUGAUGUUCGAAAAUGUCCGGUUUUGUUUUUCGGUUGGAUCAUUAAUAACCGACAAUAACCGUUGAAUCAGAUCAACAAUGUAAGAGAAAUUAAUAUGCGCUGCACA